AUCCGCAUCAUCUGGUCUGACAUCUGUAUGCUUACAUCCAAUCAGUCAAUGUUCUGGGACAUCUUCCGAAAUAAUUAUUGGAAAACAACAGAAAGUUUUUUUUGGCUUUUUGGAUUUGGUUUUUUCAAGACAGGGUUUCUCUGUGUAGCCCUGGCUAUCCUGGAACUCACUCUGUAGACCAGGCUGGCCUCGAACUCAGAAAUCUGGCUGCCUCUGCCUCCCAAGUGUUGGGAUUAAAGGUGUGUGCCACCACAGCCCGGUCUGGUUUUCCAUUUAAAUGAUUCAUUUAUUUUUAUUGAUGCAUAUGUAUAUAUGCCAGAGUGAGUUUAUUUAUACAUAUGAAUUUAUAUAUUUAUGUACUUUUGUUAUGUGUUGUUUUUAUUUUGAGUCUAUGUAGCUCUGUCUGUCCUGGAACUUGCUAUGUAGAUCAGGCUGGCCUCAAAUUCACAGAGAUCUGUCUACCUCUGCCUCCUGAGUACUGAGAGUAAAAACGUGCGCCACUGCUCAUUACCUGUGUGAGUCUGUGUUUACCACAGGUGUGGAGGCCAAGGGGCCUCCAAUCCCCGGCAGCUGGAGUUACAGUAGGUUGUGAGACAUCUGAUGCGGUGUAGUGGCUGUUCCUGGUUGUCAACUUGACUAUAUCUGGAUCACAGCAUAGAGAUCUUGAAGCACAGCGGCUAUGAAUCUCAGAAGAUUAAGACAGAGAGAUCUCUGAGUUCAAGGUCAUCUGGAACAAAGCAAGUCCCAGAUCCAGGCAAGGUGCUACACACCUCUAAUCUGGGUCACACCUUCGGCUGGAGACCUACAUAAGGACACUGCAAGAAGGAAGAUUUACUCACUCUCUUCUUUGCUUGCUUGCCUUGUGGGACUGAGCGACUGCUAGAUUCUUGGACUUCCAUUCACAGCUGCUGUGGACCAUUGUUGGGGAGUUGGACUACAGACUGUAAGUCAUUAACAAAUUCCCUUCCUAUAUAGAGACUACCCAUAAGUUCUGUGACUCUAGAGAACCCUGACUAACCCAUGUGGGUGCUGGGAGACCAAGUGGGGUCCUCUGGAAGAACUGUAUUAAGUUCUUAACCGCUGAGCCAUUCCUCCAGUCACCACAUGGUUUUCCUAAGGUGAAUUCAUGUGAUUAACAGCGGUGCUGGUCCUGUGUGCAGGUCCUCCUUGUGGUGGGGUGCAGUUUCUUGGUGGUCGCCUGCUCUCACCACAGCAUCAGGAUGAAUCCCGGGCGUGGCCAUCAGAGAAGUUCUUCCUCAUCUGGCUCAGCUGAGGGAAAUCAGGCUGAAUCCACGGAGUCCGCGAUGGAGAGAGAAAAGGAACAGUUCCGUAAGCUCUUUAUUGGUGGCUUGAGCUUUGAAACCACAGAGGAAAGUUUGAGAAAGUACUACGAGCAAUGGGGAAAGCUCACAGACUGCUUGGUUAUGAGGGAUCCCGCGAGCCAAAGACCAAGAGGAUUUGGGUUUGUAACUUUAUCAUCCACGGCCGAGGCAGAUGCUGCCAUGGCUGCAAGGCCUCACUCCGUCGAUGGCAGGGCAGUUGAGGCAAAACGUGCUGUGGCCAGGGAGGAUUCUGGAAACCCAGGAGCCCACAUGACUGUAAGGAAGCUGUUUGUGGGUAGAAUUAAGGACGAUACUGAGGAACACCACCUUAAAGAUUACUUUGAAAAAUAUGGAAAAAUUGAGACUAUUGAAAUAAUUACCGAUAGGCAGUCUGGAAAGAAAAGAGGCUUUGGCUUUGUUACUUUUGAUGACCAUGAUCCCGUGGAUAAAAUUGUCUUGCAAAAAUAUCACACCAUAAAUGGUCACAAUGCAGAAAUUAGAAAGGCAUUGUCUAGACAAGAAAUGCAGGUAGUCCAAAGUUGUAGGAGCGGAAGAGGAGGAAACUUUGGUUUUGGGGAUUUUCGUGGCCGUGGCAAUUUUAGACCAGGACCGGGAAGCAACUUUAGAGGGGGAUCUGAUGGAUACAGAAGUGGACGCGGAUUUAGGGGUGGCUAUAAUGAGUAUGGAGGUAGACCUAGAGGGUAUUAUGGAAGUGGAAAUUACAAUGAUUUUGGGAAUUAUAAUCAGCAACCUUCCAGCUAUGGUCCAAGGAAGAGUGGAAACUUUGGUAGCAGGAACAUGGGAGGACCAUAAGAUUACCUUACUGUGGAGGAAGGAUUGCAAAAAAAAUUCCUUUGAGACAGUUUCUUAGCUUUUUAAUUGUUGUUUCUUCCUAGUGGUCUCUUAAGAGUAGAGAGGCUUUCCUUCUUUGUAAGUUUUGUAAGUUUCAGGUGAUAUGUGAAACCUAUUAUAAGAUUUUUGUCCAAAAUGUUGAAAAGCUAUUAGAG